AUGGAAAGCUCGCCUGCAUGUAUUCUAAAAAUCCAAGUGUCCUCACGUAUAUAUUGGCACCCGUCAGAGCCCCUCGCCGCCUGCUAUAAUGCCUCGGCUUGGUCAGUGGUAGUUUCUCGGAGACUUGCGGGGAAGCUGAGGAGUAACACUUGUGACUCGUGGCCUCUGCUCUCGAGGACUAGCCCCAUCCAGAGCCGUGGCUCGGAUGAAGGGGAGCCAUCAGUCGCUAAUUUGCCGCCUGGAGAAUUGACAAUGCGAGUGGAUGGGAGGCCAUGUUGCGGCAGAUCGCAUGAGCGGCUGCUCGGUAAUCGGACGCAGGGUCCAGCGAAAUGA